AUGAAGUUUUAUCUUGCUAUCUUAUUCUAUUACAUACUUGGACAUCAAAUGAUCGGUAUGUUGUCCGUUCGCACUGACUCAAGUAGUAAACAGUUGACUUCAGGAUCUUUAAAAGUGUCGCCAAAAAAUACAACCAUUGGAAAGUUUUAUCACAGCGCAGCCUUCAGAAAUAAAGCAUGUACCCUUUUCGAAGGACCACAAAGUUGUACCAAAAUCGUGAAAACACAUACUCCGCUAUAUACUCACUUCGGGAUACUAGCAGAAAUGUCAGACGAUCAAAUGGAACCUUUAUCAGUAAAGAAAUUUAAUGAAAUUGAAGAAAAUAAAAGAUAUGAAUAUUUUGCAAAGAGAAGUUGUAAAUUUAUUAUGGAACAAGUAACAACUGGGAAAAUGCCAGAUUAUGAAAGACCUCAUUGUAGUGUUGUUCAAUUUAUUCCAUCAGAUCAAGAAACCAUGUUUGCUGUAACCGAUAUAGUUUAUGAUUCAAUUAAAGCAACACAACUAUCUGAUCAAACUUUACUUGGAACAUUGAAACAAAAUAACAAAUUUCAUAUUAAUGGAAAAGACUUCAGUAAAGCUCAUAUUAAAAUCAUUUCUAAUACAGUGAGAAGAACAUGUGAGGAUUGUCAAUCGAUUUGCCCAUCGUACUCAUAUUGUGUAAAUACGAUGAAUGGAAUCAGUUGUGCAUGCAGAUUUGGAUGGAAAAAAGUAGGAGGAUAUAGUCGUUCAGAGUAUUGUACAUGUAAGUUAUUAACGAGCUUUUUUAUAAAAACAAAAGGAUAUCUGAGUUCAACCCCAAGUGCAGCUACAAUAUCAUAUGAAAGUGUAAUCCUUGAAUAUACUAAAUUAUAUGCCCACUAG